AUGACUGGACUGCCUAAGAAAGUACAGCUACCGAAAUCGGUACUGGACAUGAAAUUUAUGAAAAAGACAAAAGAAAGAAUAGAAAAAGAAAUAGAAAAUACUCAAGAUCAUGAUAGUUUGUACGCAAAUAUUAUAACACAUGAAAUGCGUAGUGCUUCUGGAAACUUUAUAUCAGAACCUAGUUUUAUAUUUUGUGAACCUAUGAUUGAAGGCAGAUUGUCAUUCAAAGGUAUGAACCCAGAGAUAGAACGUCUUAUGGAAUUGGAAAAUGCAAAGAAUGAAAAGCCUAGUGGUGAAAUGGAUAAAGAUGUAAGUGACGAAGUGCUUGCAAGGAAAAUGGAAGCUUUUAACAAAAGGAAAAGGCCACAAGACAGUCCAAAAUAUGUAACUAUUGGUAACAAAAGGAAAAAGUGA